UUAUUUUUAUCAUUAUAUCUGUACCUCGAAGAAAACUCGUCGAUGUACAGAAUAUUUAAAUAUAGUAAAUAUUAUACAUUAAUAUUAUUUCGAUAGUCGAUAUUAUACAUCAUAAUAUAAUGUGUGCACAAUAAUAAUAGCCGCGACAGACACACUGUGAGCAGUUGUGAAUGUAAGUGCCGCAGUGACAUGUUCAAGAAAGACCUUUAAGUCUCUCGUACAAUACUUAGAGCAAUUGGGUACGCACAAACAUAUACACACACACGUCAUCAUGAGUGAUUCCGUGCCUUUACCGCCUCUGGUCAAGUUCUUCAACGGUGGACUAUCCGCGACUGUGGCCACCGUUAUAGUGCAUCCGUUGGACGUGCUGAAGAACCGCAUGCAGAUGGCUGGACGCGACGUCACUGCCACUGAAGCGCAAAAGUCCAUGGGCGGCAUCGUUCGUUCCAUGAUCAAGGAGAAGGGUGUUACGGCGUUUUAUCCCGGACUGUCCGCCGGCAUCCUGAGACAAGCCACGUAUUCGACCACGCGAUUGGGCAUGUACAACUCGUUGUUCACAUUUAUGACUGGGGAAGACAAUAAACCGCCCAAUCUGUUGGUGAAACUGGGCUUGGCCCUGGUGUCUGGUGUGACUGGUGCUGCUGUCGGUACCCCGGCUGAAGUAGCACUCAUAAGAAUGACAUCUGAUGGACAAUUACCAUUGUCAGAAAGACGUGGUUACACUAGUGUUUUCAAUGCAUUAGCCAGGAUUGCUAAGGAAGAAGGUAUUGCUACAUGGUGGAGAGGAUGCAUUGCCACAAUGGGAAGGGCAGCUGUUGUCAAUAUGGCUCAACUUGCAUCAUAUUCUCAAUCAAAAGAAAUUUACCUUAAGAGUGGUUAUUUCAAAGAUAAUAUUGUAUUGCACUUUGCUUCAUCAAUGACUUCUGGUGCCAUUACAACUGUAGCCUCACUGCCUGUAGAUAUUGCCAAAACUAGAAUCCAAAGCAUGAAAAUUAUUGAUGGAGUACCGGAAUACACUGGCACAAUAAAUGCUAUGGUGAAAGUAGUGAAGAAUGAAGGUUUCUUCAAUUUGUGGAAAGGCAUCGUGCCAUAUUUUGCAAGAAUUGGACCUCAUACUGUAUUAACAUUUAUAGCUUUAGAGAAGUUCAAUGAAGCAUAUAAAGUUGCUGUGUUUGACAGACAGUCAAAAAAAUAAAUAUUAGAAUAGUUAUUAACUAAAUAAUUUAUUCAUACAUUCUUACAAUUUA